CACUGUGUCAGGAACAUUUAGAAUUUAACUUAUUUAUUUGUUGAAUGAGAGCAAUUCAACAUGGAAAAGCUUUUUGUAUUUCAGAGGUGAUCCACAGUGGUCUUCUGAAGAAUAUUUCAGCUCAGGAACUUAAGUUACAAGAAGCAAUGUUUGAAAUCAUCACUUCUGAGGCUUCAUACCUGAGGAGUUUAGAUAUACUUGUAGAACACUUCAUGAUGUGUCCUGAGUUAAUGAACUCUGCAAACUGUGUCUUGGACCGCAUGGAAAGAGAAUAUCUUUUUUCUGACAUCUUACCUGUGAGGAAUGUUAGUCAGGGGUUGUUGACUGAUUUGGAGAAGAGAUGGAAAGAAAACCUGUAUAUAUCUGACAUUUGUGAUAUACUGUAUGAAUAUGCAUCUUGUCACUUCUCAGUUUAUGUAAAGUAUUGCACCAACCAAAUUUAUCAAGAAAGAACUUUCAAACAAUUAAAGAAGUCAAAACCAGAGUUUGUUCAGUUGUUAAGAAGAUUAGAGGCUGAUCCAGUAUGCCAAAACUUGGACAUGCAUUCAUUUCUUAUUCUGCCAGUACAGCGAAUAACUCGUCUCCCAUUACUAGUGGAUGCAAUUUUCCACAGACUUCCAGAAGACUCACUAAAGUAUGAAUCUUGCAAGCAAACUUUAGCAGUGUUAAAUAAGGUUGUAUCUGAAUGUAAUGAAAGUGCAAGAAAAAUGGAGAGAAUAGAAGAGGUGUUGCAUUUAAGUCGUCAGUUGGAUUUCAAGCUUUGUAAGGGUAUUCCUUUAAUCUCAUCCUCUCGAUGGUUGGUAAAGAAAGGAGAAGUGACUCGAUUGUUGUUUGAGGAUUCACCUAAGUACACUUUUGGUCGAGCUACUCGCUGUAAUAGGACUCCUGUUUAUUUGUUCCUAUUUUCAGACCUACUUAUUGUAACGAAGAGGAGAAGUGAAGAGAGCUACACAGUACUAGAUUACUGCCCCAGAAACAUGGUACAAGUGAUGUUUCUUGAACAAUCUUUUAAUACACAACUUCCUUUCAAUCAAGAAAGCUACAAAAAUGUUUUUCAGUUGAUAAUGUUAAAUAAUCAUGAGGGAAAAACGAUGGAAAUGAUCUUGAGCUGUUCAUUAAAUAGUGAAAGAACUCGCUGGAUGGAAGCUGUUACUCCUUCAACUUCGGAAAACCUGAACGAAAAAAUUUAUGAAGAGUGGGAUUGUCCUCAAGUCCAGUGUAUUGAGAACUACCAGGCUCAACAACCAGAUGAACUGUCCUUGGAAGAAGCUGAUGUUGUGAAUGUGUUUCGAAAGAUGGCUGAUGGAUGGUAUGAGGGAGAACGAAUACGAGAUGGAACAAGAGGAUGGUUCCCAUCAAAAUAUGUUGUAGAAGUUAUCAGCUCCCACAUUCGAGCACGUAAUUUACGGCAGCGCUACAGAUUACUGGUGUUGACACACUCUCUUGUAGAAGAGCAACUAAAGAGUCAACAGAAGAAGAAAAGUAAUAGAUGAUAUUGACAGGUAGUCACAUGAAAGAUGGUAAUCUUACUUUUUCCAGGCUGUGAUGCAUAUCAAACAAAUCACAUAUAAAAUCUGGAAACUGAAUAAGCAGUUGAUUUUCCACACUUUAAAUGAAAGCAUUUUUUGAGAAAAAAAGGAACUGUUCCAUGUAAGGAUUUGCUUAUGUGACUGCUUAGCGUAUUUAUAAUGCGACAUUAAACAUACCUUAAGUUUAUAAAAUCCAUCUGUUAAUUUUCCUGUCUUUUCUGUGUGUGAGUAGGUUAGUCCAUUGAUCAACAAAAAUCUAGUCGUAGUUCUUGACAUGGAGUAAAAAGGUAUUUUAUGUGAAACAUGAACACAUUAAACUUGUAAUACAAGCAUAAGAAUAUUAAGUUCAAUUCAGUAAGCUAGUUAACUAGCAUUAAAAUCACUAAGAAAAAAAUAAUAAUUUGAAAAUCAUUAAUAAUGCUUCUAUGAUAGAACAACAGAUCAGGUUGGGAGCAAUGCAUUAUGUGAUCAAUUGGCUACUGUUUGUUGUGCCACAUAAAUUUUCUUCAAGAAAAAUAUUAUUCAUAUUUUAGUGUUGGUGUUUGAGUUGAAACUCCAGCAAAUAAUCAGUGAAACUUUUCUCCAUCUUAAUUUUGACUUUAUUUUAUAAUAAUUUCCAUCUUUUUCAUGUUAAUAAAAAUCAUAAAAGAUAUUUUUUUGUAAAUUAAGAUUGAAAAGAAGUUGUAGUACAGAUUUUCAUUUCUUUAUUUUAAGUCAAAAUACUUUACCCAAGGCUAUAUAUACAUAACAGAAACUUUUUAAAUGUA